AUGGCGAGGUUGCUGCUGUGUUCUGUUCAGCUGCUUGUGGCGAGGAUCGUGGGGGUUGGAGCUCAGGCGCCGGGUGGUAGUACGUAUGAUUAUGUUAUUGUGGGAGGUGGUACGGCGGGCCUUGCUCUUGCUACUAGGUUGAGUCUUGGUUUGCCCAGUGCCAAAAUAGUUGUUAUCGAGGCUGGGCCUUCUGGCCUGCAUGAGGAUGGUAUCAACGUUCCUGGUUUGAAAGGGAGCACGAUCGGAGGAAAGUAUGACUGGUACUUUCCGACUGUACCCCAGAAAGCCUUGAACAAUCGGGUUGUUUUCAACCCCCGUGGUAAAGUACUUGGUGGCUCGUCCGCCCUGAACUUGCUCACUUGGGACCGUCCGGCGGCGAGGGAGAUUGAGAAGUGGAAGGAGUUGGGCAAUCCGGGAUGGGGCUGGAAGGAGAUGGAGGCGGCUAUGGAGAAGGCCGAGACGUUUGUGGGUGGACCGCCUGGCUCAGGGACCAAGGGUCCGAUAUAUGCGCUGUACAAUCGACAGCAGGCGCCUUUCCUGAAUGCUGUUGCCCCCGCAGUUUCGAGUCUCCAUGGUAUCCCGCUGAACUCGGACUCGAUCCAGGGGAAUCCCAUCGGCAUCGGGUACCAGCCUACCAAUGUGAACCCGACGUCCUACAACCGGUCCUACAGCGCGAAUGAGUAUCUUUCCAAGGCAAAAUCAAACCUGGUGGUCUUGACCGAAACUCGCGUCGCCAAGGUCAACUUGAAGAAAAGCGGCAAGCUUCAGCGGGCAACUGGUGUUACCCUUACUGACGGGACCGUCAUCACAGCCCGCAAGGAGGUUAUCUUGUCUGCGGGAUCCAUACAGUCGCCAAACCUUCUCGAGUUGUCAGGUAUUGGCGGGAGUGACAUUCUCAAAGCUGCCAAAAUCAAACAGCUCAUCGACCUCCCUGGAGUUGGGGAGAACUAUCAAGAGCACCUCCUGGUGUCGAUCAGCUAUCAAGUUCGAGACGACUUCUUUACCGGUGACCGAGUCAACUAUAACUCAACUUACAGAGAAGAACAAUGGAACCGCCGCCUCAACAACCUGUCCUCUUGGUUCGACGACGCUCGCUUUUCAAUUCUGUUCGCCAACUGGAAGCAGAUCAUUGGUGGUUCUGACAACGCCCAGGUCGCCCUGGCUCGCUCUCUUCUCGCUGGGUCGAAAGAUGUUGGCCACAAGUGGAAGCUAGAGCAGCUUUCCGACCCCAAGAUCCCCCAAAUCGAGAUGAUCUUUACCUCUCGGUAUUUUGGCAAUAAGGGAUACCCCCCUGUUGGAUCCCCCUUGAAUGGAAAAGGCUUUAUGGCCAUCAUCGUCGGCCUCAUGCACCCCCUCGCAACAGGGAGCGUGCAUAUCGACCCUGCCAACGCCACCCUUGGGAGCCCAAUUAUUGAUCCAAAGUUUCUCAACAACGAAUAUGACAUCCAGGGAUUGAUUCACGCCUUGAAGUUUGCGAGGAAGAUCUUCCAGACGGAGCCGCUCAAGUCGGUGGUGGUGAGCGAAUAUGAACCCGGGCUGGAUGCGGUCAAGACGGAUGCUGAGUGGAGGGCGUAUUUGUUGCGGAAUAUGGGGAUCAUUUUUCAUCCCAUGUGCACUGCGGCGAUGCUGCCGAAGAAGGACGGCGGGGUGGUGGAUCCGAAGCUGGUGGUGUAUGGAACGGAGAACCUGAGGGUUGUGGAUGCGAGUGUGAUUCCGGUCCAGAUAUCGGCGCAUCCGCAGACGGUGGUGUAUGGGAUUGCGGAGAAGGCGGCGGAGAUUAUCAUCAAGGAGGGGAAGGGGAGGUAA